UAAUCCCUCGUCGUUCUCUUUCUAGAAUCUUCUUCGAUCGUUACAAAACAAACACAUUCGUUUACUCUCUCUCUCUCUCGCUCUCUCUCUCUAAAGUCUCUACCAUUAACUGUCUCUCCAAGAAGCUCUCCAGGCUCCAGAUCCUAUCUAUAAUUGAAGUUGAAGUUAUUCUGAGUAAUGGAGGUUGCUCAACAGCAGCAAAGUGAACCGAUCGGCCAAGAAGAUGAAAAUGAAAUAGUUACUGAAAAUGCUGCUUUUGUGCAUGGUGAUCCUCCUCAAGUUGGUGAUGGUCCCCCAAAAGUUGAUUCUGAGGUGGAAGUCCUACAUGAGAAGGUCACAAAACAAAUCAUUAAGGAAGGACAUGGUCAGAAGCCAUCCAAAUAUUCAACAUGCUUCUUACACUACAGAGCAUGGACUGAAAGCACCCAGCACAAGUUUGAGGAUACGUGGCAUGAACAGCGACCUAUUGAGAUGAUUAUAGGAAAAGAGAAGAAAGAAAUGGCGGGUUUGGCUAUUGGUGUGUCCAAUAUGAAGGCUGGUGAACGUGCCCUUCUGCAUGUGGGCUCUGAAUUAGGUUAUGGUAAAGAGGGAAGCUUUUCUUUCCCAAAUGUUCCACCCUCGGCAGAUAUAAUAUAUGAAAUCGAGCUUAUUGGUUUUGAUGAAACCAAAGAAGGGAAAGCUCGUGGUGACAUGACUGCAGAAGAGAGGAUUGGAGCAGCAGAUCGAAGAAAAAUGGAUGGAAAUGCUUUAUUCAAAGAGGAGAAACUUGAGGAGGCCAUGCAGCAAUAUGAAAUGGCUGUUGCAUAUUUGGGGGAUGACUUCAUGUUCCAACUGUUUGGCAAAUAUAGAGACAUGGCAUUGGCAGUUAAGAAUCCUUGCCACCUUAACAUGGCAGCAUGUUUGAUAAAGCUUAAGCGCUAUGAAGAAGCCAUUGGGCAAUGCAGUAUUGUAUUAGGAGAGGAUGAAAACAAUGUCAAAGCAUUGUUCAGAAGAGGAAAGGCUAGAGCAGAACUUGGGCAAACAGAUGCUGCCCGUGAAGAUUUUCAGAAGGCACGUAAAUAUGCACCUGAAGACAAGGCAAUUGCAAGGGAGCUGCGUUUAAUUGCUCAACAUGAGAAGGCUGUAUAUCAAAAACAAAAGGAGAUAUACAAGGGAAUUUUCGGACCAGCCCCACAGCCAAAACCUAGGCAAAACCGCCUUUGGCAGUGCUUAAUUAUCAUGUGGCAAUGGCUGCUGUCAAUAUUCUACCGCCUCUUCAAGCGUGAAGGGCACAAAUCUGACUAGUUAAUGAGUUCAAAUUGACAGAAGAAUGUACUAAAAAGAAACUGAUGAUCUGAAUGCCAAUGGUGUCAAUGACCUUAUUUUUCGUGUCCCAUUGAAUUUAUUCUCCUCUGUGCCUGGAUGUGUCUGAACUUUCAAGUUUGUGAAAAAUGGUUGUUAAUUUAUUAGAUUUGAAGAUAAAACUGAUCAA